AUGUCGGCGCAGCCCGAGACAUUCAUGGGCGUCGGCGCCCCCGUGCCCCUCGAUACGCUCGAGGCCACAGGCGCGCCAGGCAGCGCGACAGCUUCUGAGGCGGGCGAGGUCGUGGAGGUGCUGGACGUUUUGGACACCGUCGCACACGCUGGGCAGUGCGCCCCGCGUCUCCCGGGAGCUGAGCAGCUCGGCAAGCGGUCGGCGGCAGCGGCGGCGACGCCCGCUCGUGGCAAGUGGGACGACGCAUGCAUGACGUGCAAGGGGCCGCUGGGCGAUUCGCCAGUCAAGGUGUUCACGAAGCCAGACGGCUCACAUAUUAAGCGGUGCCGCCCUUGCCACAACUUGCGCAAGAGGAUGUACACGCUCUUCAGGGACAACGCGGAGUUGAAGUCCGACUUCGCGCUCGUCGGGGCCCAGGCUCGCGACUCGUUCAUCGAGCGGGCCAAGUCGCUCUUCGGCGGGGACCUCAAGUUGGCGAUCGAGGAGGUCAUCGAGGUCACCCUGACCACGACUCGGUCCCAGGGCUUUUCUGGCGAGGGGCACUGGCUGGACAGCGAGGAGAUCGACAAGAAGUUCGCAGGGCGGCCAUCUCAAGCAGCCGCCAUUCGCCGCAAUGCACGGACGAUGUACGACGAUGACAGGGAGUGCGAGUUGUGGGAGGUCUUUGAUUACAAGUCCAGCCACAACACGUCGACCUCGGAGCAGGAGUCGAGAAAGCGCAAGGCCACGCAUGAAGGCGUGGCCAAGGCGGCCAAGGCGCCCAAGGCCAAGGCCAAGCCGCGGAAGGAGAAGAAGGGGCAGGCCGAGGGCGACGGGGAGGGAGGCGCUGAUGAACAACAGCCUGACCCAGAGGCAAACCUCAAGGUGCUGACCGAGGGCCAGAAGAAAACGCUGGAGAAGGCCGUGCAGAAGCUGCACGACGCGGUCACGAAGCUGCAGACGCUCGUCCAGAGCGCCCGGGCCGACGAGGUCAAGGAUUACUUCCCGAAGCGAGCCGUUGAUACCGCUGCCAAGCAGUUGGAGGCGGCGGCCCAGAUCGGAGAGAGAGCUGACGCCACCUUGCACAAGGGCAAGGCAGAGAAAGGGCACCCGUCCGCGGUCGGGAAGGAGAUGCGUGACACGUCGGCGAAGGCGCUGGCGACUGUGUCCCGCAUGCAGGGAUUGCUGGACGAGGCGGCGGCAGACAAAGCGGCGGAAAUGGAGGAAGCAGAGGCGGCGGAAGAUGAUGCGUAGGGGUCGCAGCGGCCCCGAACUAGCUGAUCGGUGCCUGGACGACGCGCGCACUAGUGCUGCCGCUCGCUGUAUAGGUGCGCGCCGUUUCAGCCAGCUCCUCCUCCUCCUCCUCCUCCUCCUCGAUCGGAGCCCGGGCAGCGUGGGCCCCGCGCGGCCGCCUGUUGUACAGAGGCGCACCGAUCUUGCCAG